AUGAUCGAACCGCAGUCCGUUCCCUGCUGGGCCGACCUCCCCCCCGUCCCCGGUUUCCCACACGGCACCGCCUGGUCCAUCUGGGGCUCCCAAGACCAGCUCGGAGCACUGAACAUGCUCACUCCCUGUGUCGUCCGUUCCGCCUUGGGGGAAGUCACCACCGGCGAACGGUAUCAACUUGAUUGGUCCCUGUCUGACCCGCUCCACCCGUCCCCUACUCGGGUCCCCCUGGCGCACAAGGUCAUCUGCACGGAUGGACCGGGCUGGUGGGGGUGUGAUGAUGAGAUUCAUAUCAAUACGCAGAGCUCGAGCCAGUGGGAUGGGUUUAAGCACUGUGCGACGAAGGAAGGGGUGUUGUAUGGCGGGUUGAAGCUGGAGGACGUGAAGCAAGGGAAGGAGGUGAUGAGGAAUGGGACGCAUCACUGGGUCGAGGCAGGGGGCAUCGCCGGCCGCGGAGUGCUACUCGACUGGGCCCGCUGGCGUCUCCUCACAGACCAAACCCUGCCGAAAGCGUGCACAGAAACGAACGUCCCCAUCUCCGAGCUGCUCCAAGUCGCGUCCUUCCAAGGUACCGUCGUCAAGCCGGGUGACAUCCUCUUCGUCAGGUUUGGCAUGCACCUGUGGUACGAAGCUGCCAGUGUGGAGGAACGGAGUUGGGCGUUUAGGGAGAAUGGGGGAAAGUGGAUAGGCGUUAGGGCGGAUGAGGAGGCGAAGAAGUGGAUAUGGGACUCUCAUUUGGCCGCUGUGGUGGGGGACAAUGUCGCUUUUGAACAGUGCCCUGGGAUCACCGGUGACGGACUGCAUCAUUGGCUUCUCCCCCUGGCGGGCAUUCCCAUAGGAGAGAUGUUCUAUCUCGAGAAACUGGCCAAGGCUUGCGAGAAACAGAACAAGUGGACGUUCUUCUUCACUAGUGCGCCGCUGAACGUCCCUGGCGGAGUUGCAUCGACGCCGAAUGCUAUUGCUAUCCUGUGAGGCUCAGAGAGAGGACAGGCGGGAGACAGUCGUGAUCAGGAUUGCGUACCACUACAUGUACAGAUACACAUCAUGCAGGAAUGAAU